CGGAGCCGGAGCUGGGGCCGAGGCCCGGGCAGCGGGAUGCAGUGGCGGCCCGGGACGUCGCCUCUGUGCUCGGGGCCGGCACCAUGCACCCGGCCGUGGCGGUGGGGCUGGUGUUCGGCGGCUGCUGCAGCAACGUGGUGUUCCUGGAGCUGCUGGCGAGGCAGUUUCCAGGAUGUGGGAACAUAGUGACAUUCUCCCAGUUCUUAUUUAUCGCAGUAGAAGGCUUUAUCUUCGAAGCCAACUUUGGAAGGAAGCGGCCGGCCAUACCAAUAAGAUACUAUCUGAUCAUGGUGGCCAUGUUCUUCACUGUGAGUGUGGUGAAUAACUAUGCCCUGAACUUAAAUAUCGCCAUGCCACUGCACAUGAUCUUCAGAUCAGGCUCUCUCAUAGCAAGCAUGGCUCUAGGUAUCAUCAUUUUGAAAAAAAGAUACAGCGUAUCUAAAUAUACAUCCAUAGCCCUGGUGUCCGUGGGGAUCUUCACCUGCACUUUCAUGUCUGCGAAGCAAGUGGCAUCUGACUCCAGCUUAAAUGAAGAGGAUGGACUCCGUGCUUUCAUGUGGUGGAUGCUAGGUAUCGGAGCACUCACCUUCGCCCUCCUCAUGUCUGCCAGGAUGGGGAUUUUCCAGGAGACGCUGUAUAAGCAGUUUGGGAAGCACUCCAAAGAGGCCCUGUUUUACAAUCAUGCGUUACCGCUCCCUGGCUUUCUCCUCCUUGCCCCAAACAUCUACCACCAUGCAGUCCUCUUCAGCCAGUCUGAGCCAUUCCAAGUCCCAGUGAUUGGUCUGACCCUUCCAGUCAUGUGGUUCUACCUCCUCAUGAACGUCAUCACCCAGUACAUCUGCAUCCGGGGUGUCUUCAUCCUCACCACGGAGUGCACCUCCCUCACUGUCACACUGGUGGUGACACUGCGCAAGUUCGUCAGCCUCAUCUUCUCCAUCCUCUACUUCCGCAACCCCUUCACAGCCUGGCACUGGCUGGGCACCUUCUUUGUCUUCGUAGGGACUCUGAUGUACACGGAGGUGUGGAACAGCCUUGGGCCCCUCCUGGCCCGUUGGAGGAAGAGGCCGAAGCAGGAAUAAGGGCCGGGGACUCUCUGCAGGGACCUUUUUAAAGUUUUAUAGAGCAGAGCAGUAGGGAAUCCCCCAGAGGGGGGUUGUUUUUAUAACACAGGGGAGGUGCUGGCUGUGCCAAGCUCCUGGGAAACACGAAGCCCCACCAGGGAUCAGCGUCUACUGGAUCAUAGAGGGAAGUUAGUUACUUUUGCAAGAUUGCAUUUUUUAUGCAAUCCCUCUUCCACUUUUUUUUUAAACAGCCCUUUCUAAAUAAUGUAAAGGCUGGCCCAGCUCUCUGUUAACAGCCCACCCCUGUCAUGGUACUGUUGUCCACUCCUCCCAGCUUUGGUAAGCUGGACCCUGAGCCUAUUUGGUGCCGUCCAUGAAAAUCCUAGUUGCUGCAGUGGAUAGCUGAGCCACAGGGAACUGCUGGACACUACUGUUAGUGCAGCAGGUUCUUAGUUACACUGGAAAUGCCAGGCCUGGUUGUUAAUCUGAGUCCUUGUUGCCUGAUCUUGUCACCUUUGCUGGGAGAGCAUUGGGUGUAGCUACCACCUCCAGAGCCUUGCAAUCUCCCCAGCAGACCUUCCACUGGGGACUGAGCUCCAAGCUACUGAGCCCCCCCUCACUUAUAGCAGGACCUAACUGGGAGCCUGAGGAAACCAAAAAGGGGUGAUGUGGAGGGGACAGAAAAUGCUGUCAUGUCCCUUUCACAUCAUUCUUAAGAGAGUGGUGAAGUGCUGCUGAGGCUUAGCUCCGUUCUCCUCAGAUAACCCUCAGAUACCCAACUGCCAGGAGGAUAUCAUGGGUUCCUCGUGUUUUUGUUAGGUCCUCAGCAGAGGUCACUUUUCAGUCACUUCUUCCUCCUUGUUCCUUCAUGGCAAGUGAGGACGUAGGGGCUUUACAACCAGCAGUCAGCUGCCACAAACUGCUGAGCCCCAACAGGCCUGUGCUCCCCCAGGGACACGCAAGCCUCAGUGCGUGGAUGGUGCUAAGAAACUUGAGAAAGACCAGUACAGCUGAGUUUAUUUCUGCUGCUAGUGGGAGGAUUGUUUUUACUCCUCCUUCACAAGGAGGAAGAGCCUGGUUACCUCCUGCAGUUCUCCCCAUUUGUUUUCUUCUCCCACUGCUUGGGCAUUUGCUUCACUCGUGGCAUUUCUGCAGGGCUGCCCCCACGGCAGUGCCCUGCAUCAUGGCAACGUCCGUCCAGCUUGGGUCUGGUGUCCCUUGGCAUUAACCGCUCACCUGGGGCAGGGAUGCUGAGUCCAGACAGCUGAGCUGAACGGGGUGCAUGGCCAGCUCACUCGCAUCCACGCAACCCGGAGCUUGGGGACUCACUGUGCACCUUGGCUCCAGCACAGAAUAGAGCAAAAAAGCAGCAAAGUCCAUUGAUGCUCCCUCCAAGUAAGUGGAAAAGAGGAUUUGGGAGUAGCAGCGAUGCGUGGGCAUCCCCUGCUGGACUUCCUCCAAGUAAAGUGAGGGUUAUAAAGCCACUGGUCUUGUCCCAGCUGAUUUUACUGCUGUUAAACAGAUCGGUCCCCGCUGGGGCUGCGCAGGGCCCUGUAGGUGCGUGCAGAUGAUGCGGUUAUCUCAGCACGGUGAGAACCAGCAGCAACAGCUGGUCGAGGAGCUGUUCUCCAUGGCGCGGUUGGGCAGAGCAAGGUUGUGCAUGCAGCCUUCUCCCGUUCCUGGCGAGCAGUAGGGAGCGCAUGCGCUGAGUUUUCUGCUGUCUUGAUUUUCCUGGAGCACCUUGUUCUCAUCGUCAUGAUCCCACCCCUGCUCAGCCAUGGUAUUUAAGGUGUCUGGCAAUGUCAAUCUUAUUUCCAUUGAGCUUGGACAAAUAAGGACAGUGACUAUACCGUUGUUUUACUACCAAAUGGCCCAAUGGCUUCCAGCCUCAGUGUUUCCAGCUCAAUCAAUGUUAAACUUGCAUUCACGCUGACGGAUCUGAAGUUCAGUCCUUCUGCAAAUGAUAAAACCAUCAGCAGGGAGAAGGACUCAGGCCAGAAGGGUUUUUCCCUUCUGGUUUUGAUUUUUCCUGCACCUGUAAAACUUGCAUUUCAAGUGUCAUGAAUGGGAUAUUUCCAAGGAUUUUCUAGGUGGUGAAACUGUUCCCUACCAGCUGCCCCCAGAUGUGUAAUUCAGUCCAGCUCUGGCUUCCAGCUGUUUGCACAGGCUCUGUAGAAGACCCAAAGAGAUGCAAAAACCUUUAUCCCUCAUCCUGAUCUUCAAAGUAAGGGAAAAGCUUAAAAACAAAGAGUUUCAGCUGAGCCCGCAAGGUCGGGGAAGGCAAUGCAAGUGCAUGUUCGGUGUGGAAGCAGCAGGGGCACGAACAGGUGGGGUUGUUCAUCAAAGCUUAAAACGCACCAGGGUAACACUGGGAGGAAAGCAGAAGCCGCCUUCACGCUGGGGAGCGGGAGCUUGGGUCAGAGCUUUAGCAAAGCAAUAGCUGAGCAGGUGUCUGAGUGAGUGUAACUUAAUUGUACAUAGACUCCUUGCUAGCUAAACUGCAUGUUGUUUCCAAUUCUUGUACGAUGCCAGUAGGUUUGGAGGUGUUUGGCCUUUUUUUUUUUUUUUUUUUUUUUUAACCAUGUGCUCUUGCUGUACUUGGUUUUCACUUAAACCAAGUGUCCAGGGUUGGUUAUUUUUUGCUGUUAUUUUUUUUUUAACUCUUUACAGUGCAGUCUCUGUGUUUUUGAAUAUUUAUCAUUGUUAAAUGUCACAGAAGUGGCAGUGAUUCCCUUCCUGCUGUAGGAGAGCAGCUGUGCUCAUCUGGUUGUAAGACGGAGGAAAGGUCCGUGCAGAAGUGCCCCAUUAGCCAAAACAAGUAUUUUAACCCCGGUCCCAUGCACUCACUUCAGCGGUACUGGUUUGUUUGGGUUUUUAAUGAUGUUUGCUGUAGUGAUGUUAACACAGGUUUUUAGCAGGUGCGUGGAAGGUGAGUGAUCCAGAAUGCUUUUUGACCAGUGUACUGGAUUUCCAGAACUUUGGGGUUAAGUUUGGGGGUUUUCACUUGUUUGUUUGGUUUGGUUUGGUUUUGUUAACAAAAUAAAUACGCCUCCUCUUCCAA